GCUCCUCUCAGCGCACGAGCUCCGAGUAGAGUUGGAGUGAGUGACGGAUGUUUCUGGUGAAUUCUGAACGCGUUUAACGAACUCUGAGGCGCUUCUUCGAAUUGUAAAAUAAAAAGAAAUUAACAAAUGAAGGAAAGAAGGUCGUGCCAGAAGUCGUCCUUUCAGCCAGGAAUGGACGCGAGUCAGAACGUUAAGUGUAAGAUAGUGGUGGUGGGGGACAGUCAGUGUGGCAAGACGGCUUUACUUCACGUUUUCGCUAAGGACUGUUUCCCUGAGAACUAUGUGCCCACCGUGUUUGAGAAUUACACAGCGAGUUUUGAGAUUGACUCCCAGAGGAUUGAGCUCAGUCUGUGGGACACUUCAGGCUCCCCGUACUACGAUAACGUGAGGCCGCUGUCGUACCCCGACUCGGACGCCGUCAUCAUCUGCUUCGACGUCAGCCGGCCGGAAACGCUGGACAGUGUCCUUAAAAAGUGGAAAGGAGAGAUCCAGGAGUUCUGCCCCAACACGAAGAUGCUGCUGGUCGGCUGCAAGUCGGACCUGAGAACUGAUCUCAACACGUUAGUGGAGCUGUCCAAUCACAGACAGAUGCCAGUGUCGUACGAUCAGGGUUCGGCGAUGGCGAAACAGAUCUCGGCUCCGUACAUCGAGUGUUCAGCGCUGCAGUCGGAGAACAGCGUGCGGGACAUUUUCCACGUGGCCACGCUCGCUUGCGUCAACAAGAACAACAAAACUGUCAAACGCGGUAAAUCCGCGCGCUCGGCCAAGCGCAUCUCGCACAUGCCGUCCAGCAGGCCUGACCUGGCUGCCGUGGCGACGGACUUCCGCAAGGACAAAGCCAAGAGCUGUACAGUCAUGUGAAUCUUGUCUAAAGUGAGAAAGGCAUUCUGGGAGAUGCGGGUGGAGAAACGGCAGGAGAAAUGGGAUAACCAUACAAGUGGGGAUGGUUUUUAAAAAUAAAUAAAUAAAUAAAUAAAUAAAUAAAUAGAAAGGAGAAAGAGGUUUAAAAGAGGAUCAGUGAAGGAGAGACUCUCUUACUGUCCUGGUUUUUAAUGCUGUAUGCAGCAGUCAUUCCACUUCCUGUAACCUGACGGCAAGUCAUGCUUCGCCCGUUUCCCCCCCUUACCACGUCCCCUCAGAGGAAGUGCACUCCCUCUAACCCAACAAGAGGCCGUGCUUCCGGAUCCCUAAAGAAACGCACUUCCUGACAGGAAGCGAAACAGGAACUUGUGGCUUCAGCAGAAAAUACAAGGAGGACUUGGCAUCCGAGUCGGACUGUCCGAUCUGAGACAUGUCUCAUCUUUACUCUGUCUUUUUAUUUUAUUAGCAAGAGAGGACACUAGGUUGAGGUGUAUAACCAGCUGAGAGAGACAGACGGGGGGGGGGGGGGCGAGUUCGAGGAAGGAAGCUGAAUCUCGGAAUGUGUGAAAUGUUUGCAGAAGAGAAACAACGAUCACUGUGCUUUUGAUUCACUUCUUUCUUUUUUUUUCAUGGCUGCUUAUCCAGAUGUUUGCUCUCGUUAUAGCUGAGCUCAGCUAAACCUCUUGAGCAUAUGUGGUCACCAUGGAUACACCACUUCUACAACCCGUCUUUAGCCAUUUUAUAUAUAUAUAUAUAUAUAUACACACACGCACGCACUACCGGUCAAAAGUUUAGACACUCAUUCUUUAUUUAUUUUUUUCCUCCGCAUUUUAGAAUAAUAAUAAAAGUGAUCAAAACUCUGGAGUAAAACAAAUGGAACUAUGGGAAUUAUGUUGUGAUUAAAAAAAUAAAUAAAUAAAUAAAUCUAAAUAAUUUAAUAUUUAAUCAUCUUCACAGUCGACGCCCUUUUAGCCGCGAAUUUCCAGAAAUGUAUUGUUGGCGUUUUCUGGAGCGAUUUCUUGAGGAAUUCCCCCGAGACGCUUUUGAAACAGUAUUAAAGGAGUUCACACCGACGCUGGACUCCGAGUCGUCCGUUUAAAAAAUAUAUUAUUUUUGUAAAUAAAAUGUUCGUUUUCUGAUGAAGGAAAUGAACACGUCGGCACGAUUAUAUCUUUAACCUACGACACUGAUUUCAAACGUUUAAUCUCACGCCUCCAGAUCAAACGCUUUUUAACAUCAUGAGAAGCAGUUCAGUCGAGCGUCCACAAACUUUUGUCCAGUGGAGUGUGUGUGCAUCCUGGUGAAUUAUUAAAAGGCUCCUAGCCGCACAGACGGGGUCUGGAUGGGUGGAAGGGUUACUGUGGAGCUCCUGUUAAACCUGUUAAGUAAGCGAGCGGUCCUCACGUCCUGUCUUGGGAACGGAACGCAGGGGGUCGUAUACCAGAGGCGUGUCUCUGUUGCCGUGUUUGUCGAAGACUACAGUUAUUCCAGCUUCAGUUGGUGCGGAUUUACACAGCUGCCAUUUUGUUUUGUGUCUUAAUGUUAUACCGAGUUGAGAACUUAUGCAGAUUUUGUUCUAAUGAGGCGACGUGAUUUAAAAGCCAUGCGACUGAUGAUAUAGAAUCACAGAACUGUCGUUGAUUGUUUUCCUGUAACCGCGAACCCCCAGAUAUUUUAAAUUUUUUUAUUUAUUCCUUAUUUAAAACGCAUUUAAACAGAACUAACACCAGCUCGGCUGAUACCUGGAACUUACCCAGAAGGCCACGCGGGAGCGGAUUCAGGUAUCGUGCGAGCCUGGCGGUUCUGAUGAGGAGUGACGCUGUAUAUUAACCCGACAUCACGGGGGAAAACGUUGCUUUUUAACCCGUUUUGCGAGUGUGAGGCGUGUGGAGAGCGAGCCAGCCCGGAGUCCGUGUGAGCGUUUUGUUUGUACUCGGCGUUACACUAUGCAGAUGAUUGAUGAAGCGAUGGAGGAGGGAGGUUAAGCGGAAGACUUUGAGCGCUACAGAAAGAGAAAGUGGACCCGGUUUAAAACCAGUGGUUUGGGGGGAUUUUGGAGCGCCGCGUACGUUGCAGGUCAGUAUUUGCACUUUUGCGUUUGAUCUUUUACAAAAAAAAAAUAUCUUAUGCAUUUCCUGUCUUUAAUUUAAGACCUUUCGGCAGUUUUCACGUCUGUUCACGUAGGCAGUAUUAACGUCUCCUCUUUCUGUUUGUGUUCGACUGUGUCGUUGCUGUAAAACUAGGCGGACUGUUCUAUUUUCUUCAAAUCCACCAGUACGUCCUGUUGAUGUCUGCUUUAAUAUUUAUUGAAUUGUUCUGUUUUGCGCUAAUGAUGAAUGUAAAAACAGAUUAAAAGCAUUUUGAUAUGAAGUGA